AUGAAAGAGCUCUUGAAGCUUGGGCUUGUCAGUGUUCCACUAUGGAACAAAAACAGGGAAGGUGGAGGAGAAACCCUUAAUUUUGUUGAAUAUGUAAGGGCUUUUCCUCUUUGCCUUGGAACAAAACCAUUUGGAUUCAUAUAUGAGGCUACACAGGCUAGCAACAUGGUAUCAAUGACUAGUUCAACCCUUGUAGAAGCAUUACUCAAUGCAGAUCGAUGGAGAGAAAUGUUUAUGGGCAUGAUCGGUAGUUGUACUACAAUGGAAGUGAUUUCUGAUGGUACAGAAGGUUCAAGAAAUGGUUCCCUCCAACUUAUGAAGGCCGAAGUUCAACUCAUUUCGCCGUUAGUACUUGUUCGCGUCCUGAAGUUUAUUCGAUUCGCCAAACAACAAGCGGAACGGCUAUGGAUUGUGGUUGAUUUAUCCAUCGAUUCUAGAAUGGAUGGACAAAUAAACCACAAUCCAUAG